AUGAAGAAAGUGUUCGACCAGACUGUCCGGGACCUGAAACGCGGGGUGAAUAAAAAGGUCCUCAAGGUGCCUGGCACGGAACAGAAGAUACUUGAUGCCACAAGCAACGAGCCAUGGGGCCCGCAUGGAUCCCUCCUGGCGGAGAUCGCCCAAGCAACACAUAACUAUCAUGAGUAUCAGAUGAUAAUGAAUAUCGUGUGGAAGAGGGUCAGUGAUACUGGUAAAAAUUGGCGGCAUGUGUACAAGGGAUUGAUUGUCCUGGAUUACCUGGUAGCACAUGGAACCGAGCGAGUUAUUGAUGACAUAAGGGAGCAUUCUUAUCAGAUAUCGGCACUAGCUGACUUCCAGUAUAUCGAUUCUAGUGGGAGAGAUCAAGGUAGCAAUGUCCGACGGAAAUCCCAGAGCCUCGUUAGUUUAGUUAAUGAUAAGGAAAGGAUACUGGAAGUUAGGCAGAAAGCACUUGCUACCAGAGACAAGUAUCGGAGUACAUUUGCCACAAGUGGACCACACAGGAGUCCGGGUGGAUAUGACAAUGACCGCGAUCGCUACGAAGGAGGUAGAUAUGAUAACAGGAAUGGCUAUGGGAGGGAACGAGACGGAUAUAGAGAUGAUGACAGAUACAGUGGCGCUGGAGAUACACCCAAUAGGGAUGGAGAUCGUUAUUCUAGGGAUUCUAAUGAACGCAACAGGGAAGAUGAAUACAACAGAGGAAGUAAUAGCAACCCUGAGUAUGCAGAAGGAUCAGGCCGUAGGAGCUACGGGGAUGAGGAGGCUUAUUCAUCCCGUGGUCGUGGCAGCAACGCUGAUGCACCUACUCAGGAUGAGAGGCCUAUUGAGCGGAAGGCUUCUAACCAGCAGAUUGCUUCACCACCAAGCUACGAAGAUGUUGCAGGAGAUACCCAGGACAACCAUCAUGAUGAAAGAAAUGGAGGGAGUGUGCCUGCUGCACCAAAGGCAUCUUCUCCCUCUGUACCUAGAACAAGCUUUCCCCCAGCCCCAGGGCAGGUGAAUGGUGUUCAUGAUAAGCCUGUCGAGGUUGUAGCUCCACAACCACCUGCUCCUGCUGCACAACCACCUGCUCCUGCUGAACCGAAUGGUUUUGAUGAGUUUGAUCCACGUGGAUCAGUACCAGAUGCUUCACCUCCGGUGAAUACCUCACCGAUAAUGAACAGCUUUGAGAUGGAUUUGUUUGGGUCAGAUCCUAUUGGUGCGCUGGCUUUGGUUUCUGUUCCUCAGCCGACUGACGUCCCAAGUGUCGAGCCAUCAGCAAGUUCAGGUUUUGAAACGGAUAGUUUUAUGGGCAUGCCACAUGCUUCUACCGGGUUCAGUGAGGCAAGUGAUGCUUCAAAUCCUUUUGGAGAUCCUACUCCUUUCAAGGCAGUUCAAGAAGAGAAUCAUGCACCUUCUCAGACAAAUGCGACCCCGGCUGGUUCAUUCCAGGCCACAGGAGCUGGUGCAGAUGUAAAUCCUUUCCAGCCUGCUUCAUCCACUAGCUUUGGUUUUGAAGAUACUCUCGGCGAUCUCAGUUUUGCAUCCAAUGCCGCACCUGGACAACAGGAUAUUUUUGGAAGCACCACCUCCUUACCUUCGGGGGUUUCACAUGCAAAUCCGUCCCAACAGGCACCCCCUGCUUAUGUUCCCUCCCAGGCAUCUCAGCCUAUCACUCAUGCUGCUCCCAUGUUUGCUCAGCCACAAGCAUAUCCUGCAGCCACGAACCCAUCAUCAUUUUCUCAGGCUGCUGCGCCAUCAUUUGCUCCUCCACAGCUACCUCAACAUGCUGCACCAUCAUUUGCUCCUCCACAGGCACCUCAACAUGCAGCUCCCAAUCUACCAUCAGGCCCAUCAAACUUUUAUAUGCAACCGGCUUCACAGAAUGGAGCACCACCAUCCUAUGUUCCUCCACAGUCUUCUCAUCUUCCACCUCAACAUGCACCUCAGCAAAGCUUCCUCCCACAAACUGCCGCACCAGCACCACAGGCACCAUCAAUUUCUCGAGGGGCAUCUCAGCCUUUUGGUGCUCCAAAUUCAGUGCCAUCUGGUGCCAGCACUCCUCUGCAGUCAAGUUUAUCAGCUCCCCCAGAAACACUAAUUUCAGCUUUGCAAGUUAGUCAGACCCAGCCAGUGAAGAAAUUUGAGCCCAAAUCCACAGUUUGGUCUGAUACAUUGACCCGGGGUCUUGUCGAUUUCAACAUUUCUGGCGCAAAAACCAAUCCACAUGCAGAUAUUGGAGUGGACUUUGAUUCAAUCAACCGCAAGGAUAAAAGGCAAGAUAAGAAGAUCUCUCAAGCACCUGUAGUAUCUACGAUCACCAUGGGCAAGGCAAUGGGAUCUGGCUCUGGCAUUGGUCGAGCUGGUGCGAGUGCCGUUGCACCCCCUCCCAACCCAAUGGGUGCCGGGCGGGGUGUCGGUAUUGGUGGUCCUGGUUAUGGUGGCGGAAUGGGAAUGAACCGACCAAUGGGGAUGGGAAUGGGAAUGAACCAACAACCCAUGGGAAUGGGGAUGGGGAUGGGCCAGCAACCGAUGGGGAUGAACCAACAACAGAUGGGAAUGGGCAUGGGGAUGAACCAACAACAGAUGGGAAUGGGAAUGGGGAUGAACCAACAACAGAUGGGAAUGGGGAUGGGGAUGGGCAUGAACCAGGGGAUGGGGAUGCGGCCUCCUCAGAUGGGGAUGGCUCCCGGCGGCAUGCCGGGCGCUGGCUACAACCAGAUGGGCGCUGGAUAUGGCGGGCAGCAGCCAUACGGCGGGUACAGGUGA